GAACCGUUGAAUUCUCCCCACCACAGUUCUCAUCUUUGUGCCUUUCUCAUCAUCACCACAGUCAUGGCUCAUGUCGCCCGUGCCAUGGAUGUGGAUGAGACGAACCCGUUCGACAGUUUGCCGCUGUUCCAUGACGUCUUCUUUACCAUCGUUCCAUCUCCGGAUUUCAGCGAGGAUGCUCGUCUUAAGGCCGAGCGCAGUCUCAAGGACAACGGCGCACAGUUGAUUCCGUUCAACGCGUCUACAAAUACUGUCGAGCCUCUGAACGAAAUCACGCAUAUCAUCGCGGCAACGUCCGACUUUCCCCAAUACGACGACGCGCUUGAUCGCUACAUUCAUGUCGUGAAGCCUUCGUGGAUCAAACACAGCCUCGACAAGGGCAAGCAGAGCAAUCCUCGCCAAUUCAGCCCCGACCCAAAGCUAAUUAUGAGCGACGUGGUCAUGUGCUGCGCAGAUAUUCCGGAGGGAGACAAGGAAGCGAUUGCUGGUGGAUGUCUGGCCAUGGGCGGCCUCUUUUCAGAGAACUUGUCCAAGCUGACCACGCACUUGAUUGCACUAUCAAUAGACGACGAACGCUGCCAGAGGGCUGUGCUGAAAAAUUUGAGUUGCAAGAUUGUUCUUCCACACUGGUUUGACGAUUGCCUGAGGCUUGGCAAGCGCAUAUCGGAGACGCCGUAUCUGCUUCCCAAUCCGGAGGUUCUACGUAAACAGGAGAAACCUCCUGCUCAGCGCAUCAGCCGCGAUGUCGUUGGAGCGGCGUCUCCACAUCCCAUUAAUCAAUUACCUUCCCCUUCUCCUAGCAGCGAUGGGCCUCGCCAAUUAGAUGUGUUUCAUAAGAAGAGUGUCAUGCUCUCGAGUGACUUGGGACUUGGUCCUGAGCUGCAGAAGACCCUGUCAGAUCUGAUCUCGUCUGGCGGUGGUGCCGUCGCCAACAAGAUUGAAAUGGCAGAUACAUACGUGUGUCGAUACCGUGAAGGUGACGACUACGUCUACGCCAGUCAACACGGCAUGGAUGUCGGAAAUCUUGCGUGGCUGUACUUUUUGAUUACGACCAACCGCUGGACUUCCCCGUUGAGAAGGCUGUUGCACUAUCCUGUUCCACGCAACGGCGUCCCAGGCUUUGAGAAGUAUAUUAUUAGUGUCUCGAACUACUCUGGAGAAGCUCGUGCAUAUCUUGAAAAUCUUGUCAAAGCUUGUGGAGCCGAAUUCACCAAGACCAUGCACCAGAACAAUACACACCUUAUCACAGCCCAUGAAAAGAGUGAGAAAUGUGAGGCAGCCAAGGAUUGGAACAUCAACGUUAUAAAUCAUUUGUGGAUUGAAGAAAGCUAUGCCAGAUAUCAAGUGCAGAGCCUAUCAGUCAAGCGAUACACGCAUUUUCCGGAGCGCAUUAAUCUUGGCGAGGUAAUUGGUCAGACACAAUUGGACCGUACUGUACUUGAGAAAAAUUUUUAUCCACGGCCCAAGCAAACGCGGAAAAGAGCUCAAGAAUCGGAUGAUGAAGUUGAGCAACGUGUGAAUAAUCAAAAUCGAACAAGUGCAAGGAAGAGUAAGCGCGGAGACAACGAUGCCCAAUCAACACCAGUCCUGCCCAAGUUCAUCGAUCCCGGCAAAGAGAAUAUGACUCCUUGCUCACGUGGUGCAAACGGUCCUGCAAAGUCUAAUCUUCACGAGUUGGCCGCUGAUGUGGCUCCAUAUGACAAAAAAAAGAAGCGCAAGGAUGGUGUCAGGAAUAGCCACGAACGACGUUCAAGCAUGGACGAGAUCACCACUCCUUACAAGCAAGGCUCAAUCAACGGCACGACUCCAGCGUCUAGAGGUGCAAAGGAUAAAGCUAUGUCCAGGAUUCAUGAAAAUGCUGCUGAUAUUGCGCAGUAUGAGCGAGAAAAGAAGCGAAAAGGAGGCGUAAUCCAUGGUAAGGAGCGUCGAAGUCUUGAUACGGAGGAACUUGCACCUCGUGGCAAAAAGCGACAAUCAACAGAACUCGAGGAUGAGGCUGCCACAUCGGACGGUGGAGAAUCCUGUACGAUUGCGCGUGUGGGCAAGCGUGCAAAGUCUGAACAAGUGACUUAUAAGUUGGUGCUGACGAGCUAUACGCGCUGGCAAGAAAAUCCCAAGGCCGAGGCUAGCGAAAGGAAUAUUUUACGCAAUCUAGGUAUUCACCUUACCGAUGAUACAUCAAAGGCUGAUAUUCUCUGUGCGCCGAAAAUUUUGCGCACCCCAAAAUUCGUAUGCUCGAUAGCCAAUGCGCCUUAUGUGGUAUCUUCGUCGUUUCUGGAUUAUUGCAUCAAGAACAAAAAGGUGCCAGAUCCCGAGCAGUACCUCCUUCAGGAUCGAGAAACUGAGGACCGCCUUGGCUUUAGACUCGCUGAUGCCCUGGAGCGAGCAGAAGCCAAUAAGCACAAACUACUCGAUACAUGGCAGAUCUUCUGUACCGAGCAGGUUCGUGGCGGGUUCGAAACGUUUAAACAAAUUAUCGAAGCGAACGGCGGGGCAUGUUUGAGAUAUCAGGGUCGCACGCAGAUGCAGGUUAGGAAGCGUAAGGACGUGGAGAGCCAAGAAGAAACCAAGGAGACACUAUACAUGCUGAGCGGGGAGAGUCCGGUAGAGCGAGCAUUGUGGCCUAAAUUCAGACUGAUGGCGGAGAAGGCGGAUAUGAUACCGGUCAUUUGCAAGCCAGACUGGCUUUUGAACCUUGCAAUGAGCCAGGAGAUUUUAUGGGACGACAAAUGGGAGCUCGGAGAUGAAGGUACAUGACUUAUGCAUGAGGCUCAGUUAUGAUUUGAGGCCAAACUCGAUAGGUUCGGCAAUUUAUUUUUUCGUCGUGGGUCGGACCGCCUGAGCAAUGAGAUGGCCCUUCGUGUCCUGCCUAAGUUUAUCUAAUGCAGC